AUGAGGCCCAGGGCGGAGUGUUAUUCUCCAAAGUUUUGGCUGGUGCUGGCAGUCCUAGCGACGACGGGUGGUGGGGCCCGUGCCCAGAAGAGCCACCCCAGUAUCGGCGUUGCUGUCAUCCUGGUGGGGACCUCAGACGAAGUGGCCAUCAAGGACGCCCACGAGAAAGAUGACUUCCACCACCUCUCAGUGGUGCCCCGAGUGGAACUGGUGGCCAUGAAUGAGACAGAUCCCAAGAGCAUCAUCACCCGCAUCUGCGACCUCAUGUCAGACCGAAAGGUUCAAGGUGUGGUGUUUGCUGAUGACACAGACCAGGAAGCCAUUGCUCAGAUCCUGGACUUCAUUUCUGCCCAGACUCUCACGCCCAUCCUUGGCAUCCACGGAGGCUCCUCCAUGAUCAUGGCAGACAAGGAUGAGUCAUCCAUGUUCUUCCAGUUUGGCCCAUCAAUAGAACAGCAAGCCUCCGUCAUGCUGAACAUCAUGGAAGAAUAUGACUGGUACAUCUUCUCCAUUGUCACUACCUACUUCCCUGGCUACCAGGACUUCGUCAACAAGAUCCGCAGCACCAUCGAGAACAGCUUCGUGGGCUGGGAGCUGGAGGAGGUCCUCUUGCUGGACAUGUCCCUGGAUGAUGGAGACUCAAAGAUCCAGAACCAGCUCAAGAAGCUCCAGAGCCCUGUCAUACUCCUCUACUGCACUAAGGAAGAGGCCACCUACAUCUUUGAGGUGGCCAACUCUGUGGGGCUGACAGGCUAUGCUUACACAUGGAUCGUGCCCAGCCUGGUGGCAGGGGAUACAGACACAGUGCCAUCUGAGUUCCCCACUGGCCUCAUCUCUGUGUCGUACGAUGAGUGGGACUAUGGCCUUCCUGCCAGGGUGAGGGAUGGGAUAGCCAUAAUCACCACGGCUGCUUCUGACAUGCUGUCUGAGCACAGCUUCAUCCCUGAGCCCAAGAGCAGCUGUUACAACACCCAGGAGAAACGGAUCUACCAGUCCAACAUGCUGAACAGGUAUCUGAUUAAUGUCACCUUCGAAGGGAGGAAUUUGUCCUUCAGUGAAGACGGCUACCAGAUGCACCCCAAGCUGGUGAUCAUCCUUCUGACCAAGGAGAGGAAAUGGGAGAGGGUGGGGAAAUGGAAGGACAAGAGCCUCCAGAUGAAGUAUUAUGUGUGGCCCCGCUUUGAGCUGUACCCUGAUUCUGAGGAGCGUGAGGAUGACCAUCUGAGUAUUGUGACCCUAGAGGAGGCGCCGUUCGUCAUUGUGGAGAGCGUGGACCCACUAAGUGGCACCUGCAUGAGGAAUACAGUCCCCUGCCAAAAACGCAUCGUGACCGAGAACAAGACGGACGAGGAGCCUGAUUACGUCAAGAAAUGCUGCAAGGGGUUCUGCAUUGACAUCCUCAAGAAAAUCUCCAAGUCUGUCAAGUUCACCUAUGACCUCUACCUGGUGACCAAUGGCAAGCAUGGGAAGAAGAUCAAUGGGACGUGGAAUGGAAUGAUUGGGGAGGUGGUCACCAAGCGGGCCUACAUGGCGGUAGGAUCCCUCACCAUAAAUGAGGAGCGGUCAGAGGUGGUAGACUUCUCUGUGCCCUUCAUCGAGACAGGAAUUAGUGUCAUGGUAUCACGUAGCAACGGAACUGUCUCACCUUCUGCCUUCCUAGAACCAUUCAGUGCUGAUGUAUGGGUGAUGAUGUUUGUCAUGCUGCUCAUAAUCUCUGCAGUGGCUGUCUUCGUCUUUGAGUACUUCAGCCCUGUGGGUUACAAUCGGUGCCUUGCUGAUGGCAGAGAGCCAGGUGGACCCUCUUUCACCAUUGGCAAAGCUAUCUGGUUGCUGUGGGGUCUGGUGUUUAACAACUCCGUGCCAGUGCAGAAUCCCAAAGGUACCACUAGCAAGAUCAUGGUGUCUGUGUGGGCCUUCUUUGCUGUCAUCUUCCUGGCCAGUUAUACUGCCAACCUGGCCGCCUUCAUGAUCCAAGAGGAGUACGUGGACCAAGUGUCUGGACUGAGCGACAAAAAGUUCCAGAAACCUAACGACUUCUCACCCCCUUUCCGAUUUGGGACGGUUCCCAAUGGCAGCACAGAGAGGAACAUUCGCAACAACUACCCUGAAAUGCAUAGCUACAUGGUGAAGUUCAACCAGAGGGGGGUGGACGAUGCCCUAUUCUCGCUGAAGACUGGGAAAUUGGAUGCAUUCAUUUAUGAUGCAGCAGUGCUAAACUACAUGGCUGGCAGAGACGAAGGCUGCAAGCUGGUAACGAUUGGUAGUGGGAAGGUUUUUGCCUCCACUGGCUAUGGCAUUGCCAUCCAAAAGGACUCGGGCUGGAAGCGUCAGGUAGAUCUUGCCAUUCUACAACUUUUUGGUGAUGGGGAGAUGGAAGAGCUGGAAGCUCUCUGGCUUACUGGAAUUUGUCACAAUGAAAAGAAUGAGGUAAUGAGCAGCCAGCUGGACAUAGAUAACAUGGCAGGCGUCUUCUAUAUGCUGGGGGCAGCCAUGGCCCUCAGCCUUAUCACCUUCAUCUGUGAGCAUCUCUUCUACUGGCAAUUCCGCCACUGCUUCAUAGGCGUCUGCUCUGGCAAGCCUGGCAUGGUCUUCUCCAUCAGCAGGGGUAUCUACAGCUGCAUCCAUGGGGUAGCCAUUGAGGAGCACCAGUCAGCGAUGAACUCCCCCACAGCCACCAUGAACAACACCCAUUCCAACAUCUUGCGCCUGCUCCGCACAGCGAAGAACAUGGCCAACCUGUCAGGUGUCAAUGGCUCACCGCAGAGUGCCCUGGACUUCAUCCGCCGCGAAUCCUCAGUCUACGAUAUCUCUGAACACCGCCGCAGCUUCACCCACUCUGACUGCAAGUCUUAUAACAACCCGCCCUGUGAGGAGAACCUCUUCAGUGACUACAUUAGCGAAGUAGAACGGACCUUUGGCAACCUGCAACUGAAGGACAGCAACGUGUAUCAGGACCACUACCACCAUCACCAUCGGCCCCACAGCAUUGGCAGUACCAGCUCCAUCGAUGGACUGUAUGACUGUGACAACCCACCCUUCUCCGCUCAGCCCAGGUCCGUUGGUAAGAAGCCACUGGACAUUGGUUUGCCACCUUCCAAGCAUAGUCAGCUAGGUGACCUCUAUGGCAAGUUCUCCUUCAAGAACGAUCGCUACAGUGGCGGAGGGGGCCAUGAUGACUUGAUCCGCUCAGAUGUCUCUGACAUUUCCACCCAUACGGUGACCUAUGGCAACAUCGAAGGCAACGCCGCCAAGCGGCGGAAACAGCAGUAUAAGGACAGCCUGAAGAAACGUCCAGCUUCAGCCAAAUCGCGGCGGGAGUUUGAUGAGAUUGAGCUGGCCUACCGCAGGCGCCCGCCCCGCUCCCCAGACCACAAGCGCUAUUUUAGGGACAAGGAAGGGCUACGGGACUUCUACCUGGACCAGUUCCGGACCAAGGAGAACUCACCACAUUGGGAGCAUGUGGACCUGACGGAUAUCUACAAAGAGCGGGGAGAUGAGUUCAAGCGCGAUGCUGUAGGGGGCGGAGGGCCCUGCACCAACAGGGCCCACCACAAGCAUGGGUCAGCGGACUUUGGAGGAGCCAAUGACCACAAGCAUGGUGUUGUGAGUGGAGUGCCAGCACCAUGGGAGAAGAACCUGACCAAUCUAGACUGGGAAGACCGGGCAGGGGCUAAUUUCUGCCGUAGUUGCCCCUCUAAAUUGCACAACUAUACCCCGGCAGUGGUGGGGCAAAACUCCACCCGCCAGCCCUGCAUCCGGUGUGAGGCCUGCAAGAAGGCAGGCAACCUCUAUGACAUCAGCGAGGACAACUCUCUCCAAGAGCUGGACCAGCCAUCUGCCCCGGUGCCAGUGACGACCAGUGCCACCUCCUCCAAGUAUCCUCAGAGCCCAUCUAACUCUGCCUCCAAGGUGCAGAAGAAGAACCGAAACAAGCUCCGCCGGCAGCACUCCUAUGACACCUUCGUGGACCUGCAGAAGGAUGAGUCAGCCCUGGCUCCCCGCAGCGUGAGCCUGAAGGACAAGGGCCGCUUUUUGGAGGGGAGCCCCUACGCCCACAUGUUUGACAUGUCAUCCAGCGAGACCGCUUUUGCCAACAACAAGUCCUCAGUGCCCGCCACCAGCCACCACCACCACAACAACCCUGGCAGCAGCAGCUACAUGCUCAGCAAGUCACUUUACCCUGACCGGGUCACACAAAACCCUUUCAUCCCCACUUUUGGGGAUGACCAAUGCUUGCUCCAUGGCAGCAAAUCCUAUUUCUUCAGGCAGCCUGUGGUGGCAGGUGGGCCCAAAGCCAGGCCGGACUUCCGAGCCAUUGUCACCACCAACAAGCCAGUGGUCUCAGCCCUUCACGGGGCUGUGCCAGCCCGUUUUCAGAAGGACAUCUGUAUAGGGAACCAGUCCAACCCCUGUGUGCCUAACAACAAAAACCCCAGGGCUUUCAACGGCUCCAGCAACGGGCAUGUUUAUGAGAAACUCUCCAGUAUUGAGUCUGAUGUCUGA